AUGCAGCUCUUCCUCCUCGGAUACAUCGUCAUCUCCAUCUGCGAGAUCUUCACUAUUGGCGGAUUCCCCCUCAAUUCCACUGUGCGCAUUGUCUUCGUCGCUAUCCACAUCGCCGCAAUCACCGCUACGUCCUGGAUCCUUAUGCUCAACGGCGCAGUGGGCUACCAACUACUUGACGACGGCACGGCAGUAUCUAUCGGUCUGCUUUUGAUCUCGUCGAUCGUAAUCUUUAUCGGUACCGGCUACAUCGCCCUCGACACUGGACUCAGCUGGACAGGUUACUGGGACGAGACGCGCUUCCUGCCCAACCAGGCCUACGCGCUAUACACCCUCUACCAGCUCGUCCCAUUGGUCUUCAUCGUCAUCUUCUUCCUCCUGGAAGCUUUCCUGGUGCUGCGUGUUCUCGGCGAGCGCAAGCCAAUGCUCUAUCUCCUUGCAGCAGGCCUUCUAUUCGCCAUCGGUCAAAUCUUCCAAUAUGUCAUCAGCGUCCACAUCUGCAACGGCACGGACGGCAAGAUCAACGGAGGACUUUUCUCGACCCUCUUCACCCUCCUAUCGGUAGUAAUGAUUUGGGUGUUCUGGUCGAGCAUCACCGAAGACGACUGGCCCAUGCCAACUGUCGCUGGCUCGGGCGCAUAUAAUUAG